AUGGCCGUCUUUUGGCGGUCUCCAGAGCAGCCGACCGACGGUAGGAACGCCCUAAUGCACCACGCCUACAAACGCUGGCGGCCAUUAGUAAGUAAUUUUAUACGGCCGAGAAACAACUCACAAAAGACAUCUGAAUUCUCCAGACCGUAGAUGAAAGAGGAAAAAGGACAAGGGAAAAUGACGUCGAAUUAUCUGGCUUCUAGAAGUUCAAGGCAGUGUUUUUGACAACGGACGAAUAUAAUUGGAAACAAGGGCUCAGAAUUUUAAUUUUUUUGAGCUUUUUCUGAUCUUUCAAAGUCUGAGAAAUGAUGAACUCGAAUAAUUAUUCACUAAUUAUAUAUAAUUAUAUACAAUAAAUCAAUUUUAGUAAUCUUUUUUUGAAGCUUCUCAUUACAAGAUUGGAAACUUUCUGGAAAAAGAUAAUGUUUUUUUAAGGAUCCCGUUUUUGAAAAAUAAUUUUGGCAAUUUUGGCAAAUUAGGUCAGAAAAUUUUUUAUCUUAAAUAUUGGUUAAUAAACUUCAAAAAACGCCUAGAAGCUCUAAUUCAUAAUAUAAAAAUAAAUACUUUGAUCCCAUAAAAAGCAUAAUUUCAAAAGUAAAUACAAAUGAGAAAAUCUAUUUAUUCUAAUUACCAUCAAAACCGCUCAAUUUUAUGGUCUUCAAACAAAAAAAAAGCUCCUCAGACAUUUCCGUGCAGCUAUUCUGGCAAGUGGCAAUGUUUCAAAAACACAGCUAUCUGUCAUUUGCACGCCUGGCGAGAAUGAAAAACGCAAAACGGUUUAGCAGAUCUGUCUGCAAGGCAAAGCGGAACCAAAUAAGGACAAAAGAGGGAAAAAUCUAAUCUGCAAGUACUUCUGCCAAGGGACCCAACAACUAAGGUAUUUACCAGAACUGCUGAUUUGUCCAAAAACCAAAUGAGCCCGUGGAGUGGGCUCUACGCAACUUCGAAACGACAACGGUGGUUCAAAACUUGAUUAUCUUCUGGAUCUCUUCGUUUGGCCCUUUGUUCAGGGACGAGCUGCUCGUUGAGAUUAACGAAAUCUCGUAA